UAAUUACCAACAUUAUUAUAUUGCCAUGCUAUUGUAAAUGACUCUACCUCAUGCCUGGGCAUUUGUCCUACAUGUUUACAGCGGUGUAGUAUAGAGGCGCGGUUGGCGUGGUUGGCGUGGCCCGGCGCAGGUAGGCGUGGAGAGCCGCGCGCCUAGACUCGAAUCCGGAACGACCGCUGGAUGGAAAGAAACUACGACAUGAAGACAAACGUUUUCAAACUAAGCAGACAGUGACAACUUCUCGUCAGAAAGUUACAGCGACACUUUGACAGCAAGAAGGGUGCAGGUUACGGUUUGAGGGUGUGUUCCUACAUCUUUUCAACUUGCCUCAGAGUAACCUUGUCAUCCAAUGGCAUAUGGUAGACUUCAUGACCACUGAAGACCCCAUGUGUCUACUCUUCUAUGGAGCCCGCCCAGGAAAUUACUUGGUGGCUGACCAGACUGCACCUGCCCCAAUAUGCCUCCAGCUUCGCCCGGGCUGGCUACCAUUGCUUUAAGGACCUCAGGAGCCUAACAGAGGAGAAGCUUUACCAGAUGGACAAUAUUCCCACAGGACACCGGCGGAGGAUCCUAAGCAGCCUGGAGACCCUGAUGAUGGAAGUGGAUGGAGGUAAAGUGCCAGUGAGGAGAAAGCCGAUCCCAAGACCUAGACAGGUGUUUCCCAAGGCUAAGCAGAGAGGAACAUCUUGUCAGUAUUCUCAGGGCAGUAACAUCCAGAUGACAAGGCAAACUCUUCCUUCAGGGACUAUUGCUGAUUCAGAGCGGAUGGCCAUUGGUUCUGCUACACUUACUCAUACACUUCCUAGUGUUACAUGUCACACUGUUUCCUCCAGCUCAGGCUCCGCCUCUGAGCAUGGCAGCAGCGAAUCACUGGAGAACUUUUCAGAAGAACCUAUUCCAGAUGAGAAUGAUGACUUUUCCUCAGAAGGAGCUUCUGUAGGGUUUCAGGGAGAAAUGGUUGAAAAUGAAAUAUAUGAGCGGUGUACCUUCAUUAAGGAACCGUCUGAGCUGAGGUCCACCCGCUCCUAUAAACUACGACACAGGCCUGUACCAGAGAUCCCUGAACAUCCCUUCAUACCUCCUUAUGACUGGAAUGUGGCGGCAAACAACAAUGACCAUCUCACAAAGUCUGAGGGACUCAUCUGCCCCACAGGCAGUCAGAAAGCAUCACUUCAAAGGACCUUGUCCCCCAUUGCCCCAUAUGGAGAGCUUUUUCUGUACAAUUCAGCAGAAAAGGAAUCGGAUGGGGGCAACGAUGUUAUGUCCAGUCAAGGAGUAAAAGAGAACCUGGAUCAACAGAAGUUAAGAAACAAGCAGACACAAAACCAAGAAAGAGCACACAAUCACAAGAAGCAAGACCUUUCCCAUCAACAUGAUGAUGAUGAUGAUGAUGAUGAUGAUUACUCCACUGUCCAAGAAUCUACGCUUGGUCAGCGAUUGGCUACUGAAUGUUCUUUUAAACACCCUACUCUUCUCUUGAGCACUGGACCAUCAGCUUUGGCCAAGCCUCAAACAGAUGUGAAGGACAUAUACAGUAAGGCACAAGAUGACCUACCAGGCCUACUGAGACCAAACCUUCCUUCUCUAACAGAAGUUUCCAUUUCUCCCUAUGCCUGCUUCUAUGGGACCCAUAAUGCUGCCUCCAAAGCAGGCUGGCUAGACAAACUCUCUCCUCAAGGGAACUGUGUCUUUCAGAGAAGAUGGGUGAAGCUUGAAGGAGGAAAUCUCACUUACUACAACAGCGAUAAGGAGAUGUACUCGAAGGGCCUAAUACCUAUUUCAGCAGUUAAACAAGUUCGUGCUCUGGGUGAGAAUAAGUUUGAGGUGGUCACGUCUAUAAGAACCUUUGUGUUUCGGGCAGAGAAAGAAGGAGAACGUCAGGAUUGGCUAGAGGUUCUCCAGUCUGCUGUGAGCUCCCAGCCCUCCAUUUCCCAUCAGCCUCGCAAAAAUAACACAAACAAGAGUGGCUACGUCGAGCUGCGUGGCCUCAAAGGAAGAGUCUACCUCAGCCUCAUGGGAACCAGCUUUAGACUCUGUAAAACAGACCAGGACUUUAAUGCUGGGCUGGCCAUCACUGUUGUGGACCUGACGGCUGCGUGUGUGAAACAAGUUGAGAGGAAAGGAUUUGAGAUCACUACACCUUUCAAAUCCUUCUGUUUCACAGUGGACUCUGAGCGUGAGAGAGAGGAAUGGAUAGAAGCAGUACAGGAGUCCAUCGUAGAGACAUUGUGCAAUUAUGAGGUGCUGGAGAAGGUUUGGUUCAACAGAUCCAACAGGGAGUGCGCUGAUUGUCAGGCUCCUGAGCCGGAAUGGGCCUCCAUCAACCUGUGUGUGGUCAUCUGCAAGAAUUGUGCUGGUCAGCAUCGAUUCCUGGGUCCUGGGAUCUCAAAGGUCCGCAGUAUGAAGCUAGACAGCAGCAUAUGGACCAACGAGCUCAUUGAGCUGUUUUUAGACAUUGGAAAUAAAAAUUCCAACAGCUUCUGGGAAGCAAAUCUUCCCCCAGAGGAGGAGCUUUGCAUGCAGCCGUCACUGGAGCAGCGUGCAUCCUUUAUUCACAGGAAGUACAAAAAGAGAAAGUACAAGAAAGUUCUAGAAGGUCUAAACACUAAAGAGGAACUCAACAAGGCGCUGUGUGCAACAGUGGUUCUCCCUGACAUCCUGCAAACCAUGGCCCUGGUUUUCAGCGGGGCGGAUGUGAUGUGUGCAACCGGUGACCCUCAGUACUCCACCCCAUAUCUACUGGCUCAGAAAGCAGGCCAGAGGCUGCAGAUGGAGUUUCUUUACCACAACAAGCUCUCAGAUUUUCCUAAGCGGGAAGCAGUAUUUGAGAGCAGUUUUUCGGCUGAUGUUCCGUCUUUUAUGGAUGGAUUUCUCUAUUGCUCUGUGAACGCCGGCAAGGCCACUCUGGACCGGAAAGGAAGACCCGGUGAGUCCGUCUGUCCUUGCAUUCAUCCAUCCAAACACCCACCUCCUCAUUUAUCCAUUCAUCCAAAUAAUUACUGUUUUGUCCCUGCAAGGGCAGAUGCUCUGCUGAGGCUGGACAAUGAGCUUAUUGGCCGACUGCACUAUAAAGAGGGUCAUGACCUUUAUCAUUGGCGAAUGGGAUGGUUUGCUCUGGUGGGCUCAGAACUCUACUUCUGUUCUGGAGAUGAAGAUGAAGAGGAGGGAGUUCUUCAACUCAAACGCCUACAGGAGCUUACUGUGUCCACUCAUAUGGAGGGUGAUGAGAAGAUUCAGGUCUUAAUCAUGGUUGAGAGUGGGAGAACUGUGUACAUACAUGGCAUAACCAAACAGGACUUUGCACUGUGGCAUUCUUCCAUCCAGUUGGCAGCUGGGACAGAUGGUAUGGCUCUCGGCAACCAGCAGAUGAAUAAAAAUGAUGUUCCUAUCAUUGUGGAUAGCUGCAUUGCUUUUGUCACCCAAUAUGGUUUGUGUUAUGAGGGAAUCUACCAGAAGAACGGUGACCCGGGCCGUGUGGCCCAGCUCCUGCAGGACUUUACCAAGAACGCUCGGGUUGUUAAGCUACGGGCUCAAGACCAUCGGCUAGGGGAUGUCACAGACACACUCAAGAGCUUCCUGUCUCACAGUGAAGACGCUCUAUUGGCUAAAGAGCUGUACCCUUUUUGGAUCUCUGCCCUUGAUGAACAGGAUGAGAAGGUCAGAGUGCAAAAAUAUUCAUCCUACAUUCAGAGUUUACCCAAAGUCAACAGGUCAACACUUGGUGCUCUGCUGCAGCAUUUGUACAGGAUCCAGAGGUGCUCGCAUAUCAACCAGAUGAACAUGCAGAAUCUGGCGUGUAUUUUCUCCUCAUGCCUGUUUCAAACGGAAGGACACACAGCUCAGGAGACCCGUGUGGUGGAAGACCUCAUCAACAAUUACAUCCAGCUCUUCUCUGUCAGUGAAGAGCAGGUUAGGCAAAUGGAGAAAGAAAACAGCUUUAUCACCAGGUGGAAGGACACCACAUUCUCUCCUGCUGGUGACCUGAUAUUUGAAGUCUACUUAGAAAAAAAGCAGCCAGAGAAGUGCUGUUUAAUCAAGGUGUCUCCUAGCAUGAGGUCAGACGAGCUUGCCAUCAGCACUCUGGAGAUGAAGGGGAUGGAGGUCAAAGCUCAAGAUCUCUGGACCACUUUUGAGGUCAUUGAGAAUGGAGAGAUGGAGCGGCCCUUACACUACAACGAGAAGAUUCUGGAGCAGGUAUUGGAGUGGAGCUCUCUGGAGGAUCCCAGCUCGGCCUUCCUGCUCAUUAAGAAAUAUUCUGGUUCUAAAAUGACAGAUUCCAACUCAGAUAAACUGAAAGAUUUCAUUAAAGGAGAGCAACUCAAAUUCAAAGACGGUUCUUCCAAACUGCUUUUGGGGAAUAAGUUUCAGGACCGAUACCUGGUACUACAAGACAAAAAACUGCUGUUAUACAAAGACAUAAAAAGUACCAAACCAGAAAGAGAGGCUCCGUUAAAGUCUGUUAAAUGUUACUUAGGGCUACGGAGGAAGUUGAAACCAACAAGCAGUUGGGGUUUUACUGUUUAUACUGAAAAGCAGCAGUGGUAUUUCUGCUGUAAAGGGAAUGAUUCUCAGCAGGACUGGGUCACCUCCAUUAUCAGAGUGAAGCAUGCCAGUGACUUAUGGCCUAAAGACCUAAAGCAGAGUGCAUCGUUACCUUAUAACCUGAGCAGAGGAAGAACAUCCACUUACAGCACUGCAAAGACCAGCACAGCCAAACAUCAGAGAGAGGCUAAAAGGAAGUCAGUCCUCACUACAAGUAUAGAAGGUUCAAAUACACGAAACCCAAUGACCACAGAUGUGAGCAACCAACCGGACUUGAUGCAUAAAUUGGCAAGCAGUGAAGGAACUCCGAGUGUCUCCGGGCUUAAAAUGGUGAUUGAUGACACACUCCAGUCUCUGCGUAGACCAUCACUUCAACAAGACCCCAGCGCUCUCACCCAGCUAUCACACAAGAAGGCUGUGUUGCCCAACAGAGGUGUGCAGUUGCCAAAAAACCUCAUUAAUGAACUAAGUACUGUUCUCAACAAAACAGGACGCUUUCCGAAAGAAGACAAUUAAGAGAGACAUACAGAGACAGAAAGACGAGACACUUGUCUGUUGCUCUUCCAUUGUGCAUGACCAAGACCAAAUCACCCCACAAAAGCUCAGUUGGUUCUCAGUAAGGAAGUUGGAUGUACUACUCAGGACAUGGAGAGUAAGUAUAGUAAAUGUUUAAACUGAGGUAAACUGGUGGGUCAAACAUUGGAUGUAAAGACUUUUUUUGCGCACAACUACAGCUGUUUGCCAUAGGUUGCAUUGAGCCUUUAUCCUUCAAUUUAGAACCAUAUAAUUCAGUAUUAUUGAACAUUAAUGAUUGUUUUAGGCUUUUGCAUGAUAAUAUGCAUUUCCCUCUUCAUUCUCAUAUCUGUUUUUAUUCUCAAUGAGGUUGAAAGACACUACUAGACAACAAUGUUCCAGUAUCAUCUUAAAUCUUCAUAUUUUGAAACUGGUUGUUCUGAGAUAAGUGGAAUGGUAAUAUUAGCAUUAGUUAAAGUUGGCAUGAAAU